AUGGAUUGGCAAGAAGCGACCAGACCCCCUUUUGUGUCAGACAACACAAUCCGAACAUGGAAAAGUGAUUGUGCAUACAUCCAGAGUGAAGACGUGCCUGGCCAGGGAGACGACGCCCACCACAAACAGGACUUUCACAUGGAGCUAACGAGCACAGCUCCGAGCACUAAGUUGUUACUAGCGGACAAUCUCGACAGACAGCCGGAGCAUGCGACUUUUGGCGCUGUCCCGUUUUCUGCCUCGCGCCAUGUACGGCUACGUGCUAGCCCGCAAUAUCGGCAGGGCCUAGACAAAGAGCUGACUGACGAUGCCCAUCAUCAUCACCAUCAUCACCAUCAACCACGCCUGCCUCGCGCCGGUGCUGAGGACCGGACGGUAACGGCGGCUCUGGUGGGCGGCACAACAACUCAUCCCCCUGCCAUGGCCUGGCCUGGUCUGGCCUUGAAAGACGGCAAACGGGCAUGA